AUGUUCUGUUGGGAUUCCCGACAAGUGCUUCUCCUCAAAUCCAAUCCAAUUCAUCAGAAGGUUCCAGUGUUCUUGCAUGAUGGCAAGCCUUUGCUAGAGUCUUCCAUCAUUGUCAGCUACCUUGAUGAGGUUUUUACUUCCAAUCCUCUACUUCCAACUUGUGCAUAUGAACGUGCCCAAGCAAGAUUCUGGACUGACUUCAUUGACAAAAAGGUGUUUGAGAGCAUGAAGGGUAUCUGGCUAAGCAAGGGAGGAGAAGAACAAGAAGUUGCGAAGAAGGAUUUCAUUGAGAUCCUAAAGCAACUAGAGGAAGCUCUUGGGGAGAAGGACUUCUUUGGUGGUGAUUCCUUUGGGUAUGUUGAUGUGAUUGCAAUCCCUCUCACAACAUGGUUCUUGGCAUGUGAAAAAUUUGGUGCCUUCAAAGUUGAAGACCACUGCCCCAAGAUUACAGCAUGGAUUAAGAGGUGCUUUCAGAGGCCAACUGUGGUCAAAUCACUCCCACACCCAGAAAAUGUCUACCAGUUUACUACACAGUUCAGGCAGAUGCAUGGCCUUUGAAUAUGGACGAAACCUUAACUCGUAUGCAUCAGUCAGUUCUCACUGACCAGAGACUAGAAAAUAAUACACAGACUCACAU